UAGUUAUCUCCUGGUUUCAGAUACAGAAUGAGCGGAGCAGGACGAAUUGCUGGACUACCCAGUUCUCUUCGGGUACAUUCUCUCCGCCUAGUUCCAGGAGAGGAGAUUAAGUCAUCUCUCCUCAGGUAUGCCAUGGAGAAUGAUCUGAAGGCUCCCUUUAUCAUGACCUGCGUAGGAAGCGUAACUAAAGCUUCAAUCAGAUAUGCAGCUCAACCUACAGCGGAAAGUAAGGUUGAUCUUGAAGAAAAGAUGGAGAUUUGCUCCCUGGUUGGAACCCUAGGAGCAGGAGGUCAUCUUCAUAUUGUUCUUGGAAGAGAGGAUGGAUCUACCGUUAGUGGUCAUGUUAUGGGAAAUCUUGUCGUUUUUACGACAGCUGAGAUAAUGAUAGGGGAGUGUUCAGAUGUCGUCUUCAACAGGACAUUCGACGAAAGAACAGGGUUCGAUGAACUCAGCGUAGUAAAAAGGGAAUAAUCGGGAAACUCUCAAAAAAAGAUAAAAUCGACGAACAAUUAAGUUUCAUAAUAAAUUUUUUUGUCAAAUAAAGCAUUUUCCCCAAU